CUGCCCCUGCCCCUGCCUCUGCGCCCGCGCCUACGCCUGCACCUGCGCCUGCACCCGCGCCUGCACCUGCUCCCUCCUCCACAGCCACGGACAGCGUGAAGGAGAUCAAGACGGAGAAGUCUGUCACGAAUGGGGAGCGCAAAGGCUCCUCCCAGAACACGGUGGACGUCAAAGAGAAGCCGGCGCUGCCCAAGGCCAUGGUGAAGCCGCAGGUGCUGACGCAUGUCAUCGACGGCUUCAUCAUCCAGGAAGCGUCGGAGCCGUUCAGCAUGGGCAAGCACUCGAGCGACAAGGAGAACCACCCGGUGGCCACCAACGAGUUGCAGGCGAAGCGGCCGGCGUCGGACGCCUCCAGCCCCGCCGACAUCAAGGCCAAGCAGAAGCGCUCCAAGUCGCAGUCGUCGCCGUCGCCGGGCCCCAAGAAGCCCGGUCGCAAGUCGUCUGUCUCCGAGCCGGCGGGCAAGAAGGCCCGCCUCGAGGACCGGGACUCGAACCCGGGACCUUCGGACUCGGAGUCAUCGAGCGUCGAAUCAUCCAGCUCGGGCGCGCCGGCGCCGGCGGCUGAGGAGAAGGCGGCGCCGGUCAACCCGAACAAGCCCAACCCGCUCACCUGGAACGUGGAGGACGUGGUGGACUUCAUCAAGAACCUGCCGGGCUGCUCGGACUACGCCGAGGACUUCGCGCUGCAGGAGAUCGACGGCCAGGCGCUGAUGCUGCUGCGCGCCGACCACCUGAUGCAGGCCAUGUCGAUCCGGCUGGGCCCGGCGCUCAAGAUCUGCGCCAAGAUCGACAGCAUGCGCGCCUCGCAGGCGCAGCCGCAGCAAUGAUGCCGCGUCGGCCGCUGAGGCUGCCGCCCCGCCCCCGACCCCGCCCUCCCCCACUGCCAGCGGCCACGCCGCCCUCUGUGCAAUCCCGGCCGGCGCCUGCGCCGUGCGCCCCGCAGGUCCAGUGCCAGAUUUUAUACCCGGCGGCGGCCCCAGGACGCGGUGACGUCACUGGUGCGGUGACGUCACUGGUGACGCGAGGCGGCCCCGGCGGCGAGCGUUCAACUGUGUUAUUUAUUUGACCGCGGCGCGCGAGCGACCUCGCGCGUUGGCGGGCGCGCGCCGGCCGCGGUUAUAUCGAUGUUUGUGUGUAUUUAUGGACGUCGGUGUGGGAGAGGCCCCGCAUGAGUGACCAUUCGCCCGGAGUUGCCGAGCCGUGCGCAAGCCCUCGUCUCCGUUCAUUUGUACAUACGCGCGUCGAUGAGUGUUUCCAGACGAGGACCUUUUAGCGUUGCGUUUCACUAGCGUUGCCGUGCUGGGGGCGUCGGGCUCGGUGUGCGGGCCGGAAGUGAACUCCUUCCGGUCUAAGAUGAAAGGGUGCCGCCGCGGAUGUGGGCGAGCUCGCCGAUGACCAGUACAACCAGAUGUAGCCAUUAAUGCCGUGCAUGUUUUGUUCACCCACUAAGCUGGACGGAAUACACCCAGAUUUUAAA